GUGCUCCCUCGGCGAACCCCGCCCCCUCCCCUCGCGCCGCGGUCACACCAUCCGCCCGCCCGCCCGCCGGCCGCGGCGCUGCGUCAGCCAGACAAGAUGGAGACCGCCGAGGAAGACAUAUGUAGGGUGUGUCGGUCUGAAGGAACACCUGAGAAACCCCUCUAUCAUCCGUGCGUGUGUACUGGCAGUAUUAAAUUUAUUCAUCAAGAAUGCUUAGUUCAGUGGCUGAAGCACAGCAGAAAAGAAUACUGUGAAUUAUGUAAACACAGAUUUGCUUUCACACCAAUUUAUUCCCCAGAUAUGCCUUCACGGCUUCCAGUCCAAGACAUUUUUGCUGGACUGGUUACAAGUAUUGGCACAGCAAUACGAUACUGGUUUCACUAUACACUUGUGGCCUUUGCAUGGUUGGGAGUUGUACCUCUUACAGCAUGCCGUAUCUACAAGUGCUUGUUUACUGGCUCCGUGAGCUCACUAUUGACACUGCCGUUAGAUAUGCUGUCAACGGAAAAUUUAUUGGCGGACUGUUUGCAGGGUUGUUUUGUGGUGACAUGCACACUCUGUGCAUUUAUCAGUCUAGUGUGGUUACGUGAACAGAUUGUCCAUGGAGGAGCACCACAGUGGUUGGAACAAAAUCAACAGCCACCCAAUGGUCUUGGCCAACAAAAUGAGGCUCAGGGGGUAGGAAAUGGUGGAGGUGAAAAUGCUGCACUUGAUCAACCUGCUAACCCACCUGCUGAGAAUGCAGUUGUAGGCGAAAACCCAGAAAUUCAGGAAGAACAGGGAGAUGAGGAAGAGGAAGACAAUGAAGAUGAAGAAGAUGCUGUAAUCGAAGAUGCAGCAGAUGCAAACAAUGGAGCCCAAGAUGACAUGAAUUGGAAUGCUUUGGAAUGGGAUCGAGCAGCAGAAGAGCUUACAUGGGAGAGAAUGCUUGGGCUUGACGGAUCUCUGGUUUUUUUAGAACAUGUCUUCUGGGUGGUGUCUUUAAACACAUUGUUCAUACUUGUGUUUGCUUUUUGUCCUUACCACAUUGGUCACUUCUCUGUUGUUGGCCUGGGUUUUGAGGACUAUGUUCAAGCAUCUCACUUUGAAGGCCUAAUCACAACAAUAGUUGGCUAUGUGCAGCUAGCAAUAACUCUAAUUGUUUGUCAUGGUUUGGCUGCGCUUGUAAAAUUCCAGAGAUCACGUCACUUAUUGGGAGUCUGCUAUAUUGUUGUUAAGGUUUCCUUAUUAGUGGUUGUAGAAAUUGGUGUGUUCCCCCUUAUCUGUGGCUGGUGGCUGGAUAUAUGCUCCUUGGAAAUGUUUGAUGCUACUUUGAAAGACAGAGAGUUGAGCUUUCAGUCUGCCCCUGGUACCACAAUGUUCCUACACUGGUUAGUGGGAAUGGUUUACGUCUUUUACUUUGCAUCUUUCAUUCUCUUACUGAGAGAGGUACUGAGACCUGGUGUCCUGUGGUUUCUGAGGAAUUUGAAUGAUCCAGAUUUUAAUCCAGUUCAGGAAAUGAUUCACUUGCCCAUUUAUAGACAUCUCAGGAGGUUUAUUUUAUCAGUGAUCGUCUUUGGGUCAAUUGUCCUGCUCAUGCUUUGGCUUCCUAUCCGUAUUAUUAAGUAUCUGUUGCCUAAUUUUCUUCCAUAUAAUGUCAUGCUCUACAGUGAUGCUCCAGUGAGUGAACUUUCUCUGGAGCUGCUUUUGCUUCAGGUAGUGCUGCCAGCUCUGCUUGAACAAGGACACACGAGACAGUGGUUGAAAGGUCUUGUACGAGCAUGGACUGUUACAGCUGGGUACUUACUGGACCUCCAUUCUUACUUACUUGGAGACCAGGAAGAGAAUGAGAACAAUGCAAACCAGCAACCUAAUAACCAGCAUGCUCGCAAUAACAAUGCCAUUCCAGUUGUGGGAGAAGGUCUUCAUGCAGCCCAUCAAGCCAUACUUCAGCAAGGAGGACCUGUGGGUUUCCAGCCUUACCGUAGGCCUUUAAAAUUCCCACUCAGGAUAUUUCUGUUGAUUGUUUUCAUGUGUAUAACAUUACUGAUUGCCAGUCUUAUCUGCCUUACGUUACCAGUAUUUGCUGGCCGUUGGUUAAUGUCAUUUUGGACGGGAACAGCCAAAAUCCAUGAACUGUACACAGCUGCUUGUGGUCUUUAUGUCUGCUGGCUAACCAUUCGGGCGGUGACAGUUCUAGUUGCAUGGAUGCCGCAGGGUCGCAGAGUGAUUUUUCAGAAGGUUAAAGAAUGGUCCCUCAUGAUAAUGAAGACACUGAUAGUAGCAGUGCUACUAGCUGGUGUGGUUCCACUUCUGCUUGGUCUUCUGUUUGAACUGGUAAUUGUUGCUCCUUUGAGAGUUCCUUUGGAUCAGACACCUCUAUUCUACCCAUGGCAGGACUGGGCUCUUGGAGUUCUGCAUGCCAAAAUAAUUGCUGCCAUAACUCUGAUGGGCCCACAGUGGUGGUUGAAAACAGUUAUCGAACAGGUUUAUGCAAAUGGCAUUCGUAAUAUUGAUUUACAUUUUAUAAUUCGUAAACUGGCAACACCUGUCAUCUCUGUUCUAUUGCUUUCCCUUUGUGUACCUUAUAUCAUCGCUUCUGGUGUUGUUCCUUUGUUAGGUGUUACUGCUGAAAUGCAAAAUUUAGUACAGCGCCGAAUUUAUCCUUUCCUACUCAUGGUGGUGGUUUUGAUGGGGAUCCUGUCCUUUCAGGUCCGCCAGUUCAAGCGCCUUUAUGAACAUAUUAAAAAUGACAAGUACCUUGUUGGGCAACGACUUGUGAAUUAUGAGCGAAAAUCCGGUAAACAAAGCACAUCAACACCGCCACCUCAGUCUUCACAAGAAUAGAAUGGUCACAUUAGACACCUCAACCUUUUCUUUGCCUUUACAUGUCCUUUUUCACAGACUUUUCUUCAAUCUUUGGAUAUCCUUCCCAAUGAUCUUCUCAGCAGUGUUUUUUAUUUUUUGCUUCUCUUUGUAGCAGUCAGAUAGCAGUUAAGGUUCUGCUCCUUUACCUGCAUAUUCUGAUGUUAUUAGUGCUGUCUGAGGUCUGUAAAUGUGUAAAUAGAAGUAUCCUGAUACCUAAAACCUUGGAUUAAAAAGAAUGUGCAUUGUACAUCUUUAAAAAAGUAUAUUAAUUUAUUAAAUCUAGUUGUCACUUUA